AUGAGCUUCUUUUGGUCAUUUGGCAGUAAUACGAAGAAGAAUGAACCAAGCACUCCACCACCCCAUUCACUACCCGAGCAACAGCAAUAUGCACAUAAGGCCAUGAGCAACACCUUUCGAAAAGGCGUUCAAUACAACAUGAAAAUUGUAUUGCGUGGUGACGUUAUGACAGGCAAGACAGCACUGUUUAAACGCCUUCAGGGAGAAGAGUUUGAUGCGUCUUAUGUCUCGACCCCACAAAUUCAAGUGGCCAAUAUACCAUGGCAUUACAGAGACUCCAACGACAUCAUCAAGAUCGAAGUAUGGGACGUGGUAGACAAGGCUCACAACAACAAAAAUACCAGCACAGAAUCAGGGAUCAAGCUUGAACAUAAUGCGCAACCCAAGCAAGAGCAGCAACAACAACCACAACAACAACAACCAUCAUCCACUGAAUCUCAACAACUGGGGCUCGACGCAUCCACAGUGAAUGUCUAUCGCAACACGCACGCUGUUAUUUUCCUAUUCGAUGUCAGCAAGCAGUGGACAUUUGACUAUGUAAACAAUCAGCUGGCUGAUGUACCUGAAGCGCUUUCGGUGCUUGUGAUUGGCAAUUGUAAUGAUAAGAGCGCGGAGCGAGUAGUGAAUUUAGAUCAAAUUCAUGCCACCCUUUAUCAGCACAACAAGGAGCGAAUCGAGAAAUCAGCCAUCAAACCCAACCUGAUACGCUACGCAGAAACCAGCAUGAAGACUGGCUUCGGAUUGAAAUACAUUUACGACUACCUUGCUGUUCCCUUUUUACAACUUCAGAUGGAAACGCUACGGAAACAAUUGGAGCUCAAGGCAGUUGAGAUUGUUGAUAUUCUCGAGGCGCUCGACGUUGAUGAAAAAGUACCAGAGGUGAUGAGACGUAGACGAGGCCAAGACAAUUUUGAUCAACCAUCCGAACCUCAUUUGGCAAGACAACGAGAGGAAAUGCAAAACAUAUGGGAACAGGAUGUCAGUGGGAUUGCUGCUGAAAAUCCCAGCCCAUUGGAGAUUCCUGAAUCGCCUUCGUACAUACGCAAAGAAACGCCUCCACCACCUGUGGCACCUGUACAAGGUCGUCGACGUGAAGGAUCACUUGUCUCUGAAUCCGAUCAUAUGCCAGCAGCUGUGGAUCAAUUUGAUGCUGGGGAAUUGAAUGAUGAUUGGUUUGCAUCAGACGACACGCCUCUUCCUAUCAAACACAAGAUGCCUUUCAACAAAGCUGAUUCGGAUAAUGAAGAGGGUGGUGGCAACCCCAUGGUAGCCGGCGAUGAGGAUGUGGAAUCGGUCGAGUAUUAUACUGCAGCCAAGGAACCCGUUGUGACCACGGCAAAACCCAAGGAGAAGUCAGCAUCAGAAAGUGAAAAUGAGGAGGAUAGCGACAACGACCAAUAUACCUCGCCUUAUGGAGACUCCUUCACAGCAACAGAACCUCAAUCCCUAUUCAAAAACGAAUUUGGUAACGUGUGGGGAAUGCAACAUGAGGAUCCAUCAAUGAUGGUGGUGCGUCAAACAAGAAUUGAAUCGGAUAGCGAGGAUGAAGAUAAUAUGGCCACUACUACUACUGCUACACCUGGUUUGGCACAAGAGUUUCAUCGUGCAGAUAUUGGAACGCCAUCUUCUUUUUCAGGCAGUGGAUUUGGAGCUUAUGAGGAGAUUGGCGGUGAUGGUGAAAAUCCCUGGUCAUUGGAUGAUGAUAAGCAACAUCAACAAGAGAACAAUGGUAGCCCCUGGCAUAGUGAACCGCUCGAGGAAGAGGUCAAUGCGCAUAAUCAAGAAACGGAAGUGAUGUCCGAAAAGCGGAAAGGAAAGAAAAAGGCAUCCACCAGCAGCAGUGGCAAAAAGAAGAGUAAACAUGGAAAAAAGAAGAAAUCCUCCACGCCGUAG